AUGAAACAGCACCAGUCUGAUGACGCCUUUGAACCAAUUUGUCCGAAUAUCACAAAGGACGAAUGCCUAAAGGCUAGGAUGGCAGAACAGAGGUUGACCAGCAAUUCUCAAUCGACACCGUCGAUAUGCUCGCGUGUGCACUUCCGUCCACUGAUUCGUGCCCAUACCGAUGUCACGCUCGGGCAUUGUUCAUAUCUUAAUACGUGCUAUUCCGAACCCACUUACGCGCAGUCCCCAUCGAUACCACCAUUCCCCUCUGCAAAUACUCAACGCCAUCCAGGAAGUGUCACUCUACCAAAUGGCCUCGGAGCUGGAGGCCGCGGAAAAGAGAAAGCUCCUUGCCGAUAUUUACACUUCGAAGUAGACUGGGAUGGAGGGGACGGCGAAUUCAUCCCUAAGAAACCCCUUCCUCCACAGUGGUUGAAUUGUGACCUCCGUCGGUUCGAUUAUUCCGUACUUGGCAAGUUUCAUGUUAUUAUGGCCGAUCCGCCUUGGGAUAUACACAUGAGCCUGCCUUAUGGAACCAUGACAGACGAUGAGAUGAAAGCCAUGCCGAUUCCAGCAUUACAGGACGAAGGACUGCUGUUUCUCUGGGUCACUGGCCGAGCGAUGGAGAUUGGAAGAGAGUGUAUGCGGGUAUGGGGGUACUCAAGAGUAGAUGAGGUAAUCUGGGUAAAGACAAAUCAGCUUCAACGUGUUAUUCGGACUGGCCGUACAGGUCACUGGCUUAAUCACACCAAAGAGCACAUGCUUGUGGGUGUCAAGACGAACUGCGAUGAACACGGCAACCUCAAGUUUCCCUCAUGGUGCAACCGUGGUCUUGACACCGAUGUUAUCGUAUCGGAGGUUCGAGAAACAUCUCGCAAACCUGACGAAGUGUACGGACUCAUCGAACGGAUGUGUCCCGGUGGGCGUAAGGUCGAGAUCUUUGGGAGACGACACAAUGCCCGUCCUGGAUGGCUGACGCUUGGUAACCAAUUGGGUGGCGACCAGAUUUACGAUGAGGAUCUAAGGGAGCGGAUCAAAGCCAGGUUUGCAUAG